AUGCUGCAGUCUCAAGACCUCAAGAUUGCAAGGCUGCAGCAAGAGGUUUUGAGGCUGCAGGCAGAGAAUGCCCGCCUCAAUAGAGAAGUGAACGACCUGCUGUCCAGGCAGCUCACACUAAACAUGAUCUGUAAAAGCAAGAAAGACUGUGCGUUUUAUACGGGCAUGUCAGAUUUUGAGAUUUUUGAGGGGAUUUACGACUACUUAGCGUAUUAUGCUUCCAGGAUGGAGUAUUGGGGCAUUAACAGGAGGUCACCGGGCGAGAAAAAGGGUCGGUCGCGAGAGUUCGAGCCGAAAGAGGAAUUUUUUAUGGUGCUGGUUCGGCUUCGGACCGGAAUGUCGGGAAAGGAAAUUGCUCGGAAUUUCGGCAUUUCCGAGGGCCAUUUCAGUAGGGUGUUUGCAGCUUGGAUAAAUUUUUUGCACCGCCAGUUGAAGGCCUUGACGCGUUUCCCGACGUGUGAAGAGCUGCAAGGCCACUUGCCUGCCGCUUUUUUGAAGUUCCCUGACACGCGCGUGAUCUUGGACGGCACUGAAGUGCGCAUUGAGAGGGCGUCAUCACUAGCGGCCCAGCGGCAGACCUUUUCAUCUUAUAAACACUACAAUACGUUCAAGGCAGUUGUUGGCUGUGCACCCGACGGUUGCAUCUCUUUUGUUUCAGAUCUGUGGGGAGGGUCUUUGUCUGACCGCGUGAUAGUUGAGAAAAGUGGGCUCUUAGAACAGCUUCAACCAGGUGAUGCCAUCAUGGUUGACAAAGGUUUUAAACUCAGUGACCUGCCACCGGGUGUGCGAGUGCACAUUCCUUGCUUCCGGAAACCUGGAGAGCCGCAAAUGGCUGAGAAUGAGCUCUCGCACACCCGACAUGUAGCAAGUGCUCGUGUCAUUGUUGAGCGUGCGAUUGGCAUAAUUAAACAGUUUCACAUUCUCAACAGACCGUUCCCCAUCACAAUGAUGGACCUAGCUGAGCAAACCUUUCAAGUUUUCUGCUACCUGAGCAACCUUCGUGGUCCUCUAAUUAAGAACUAA